AUGAACAAAUUGUUUCCUGCUCAUAGACUAACGUUUUUUGCAUAUUUUAGAACGAAAAGUGAGAAACAAACGACUUCUGGUGUUCAGGGAACAUCCUCAAAAAUUGGUUUUUCUCCUCCAUUUACAGGAUUUUCACAAUCUUUUUUAAAAUAUAAAAAGGCUACGGAAACUGAAAAAACAAGUUUAAAUUGGAAUGAAUUGAAAAAUGAACUUAAUAAAAUGUCAAAUGAAAAAAAAGAGAUUUAUUUAGAAGCUUUAGUUAGGGGAAUUUUAUCUAAAAGUGAAAAUCUUGGUGAAAAUAAAGCAGGAAAGAAAAGUUUCUUUUCUUUCUCUAGAAUUCUUUUGACAAUUUUUUUUUCUACGAUAGUUAUUACCUUUAUAUUUAGACCAAAAGAUGUUCUUGGAACAAAAGGUUUUUUUUCUACUCUGUUUCCAAAUUAUCGUGAAGUUGAGUAUGAAAAAAUCAAUACUACAUUUAAGGAUGUUAAAGGAUCGGACGAAGCUAAAACUGAACUAGUUGAAAUUGUUAACUAUCUCCGUGAACCAGAAAAAUACUUGAAACUUGGUGCAAAACUACCAAAAGGUGUUAUACUUGUUGGACCACCUGGUACUGGAAAAACGUUAUUAGCUCGUGCAGUUGCUGGUGAGGCAAAUGUACCAUUUUUCUAUACAUCAGGAUCUGAGUUUGAUGAAAUUUUAGUUGGUGAAGGUGCAAAAAGAGUGAGAGCUUUAUUUAAGAAUGCUAAAGCUAAUGCACCUUGUAUUAUUUUUAUUGAUGAAAUUGAUUCCAUUGGUUCUACUAGAGUUUUAAGUAGUAUUCACCCAUAUGCCAAUCAAACAAUUAACCAAUUGUUAACAGAAAUGGAUGGCUUUAAUAAAAAUGAAGGAAUUAUUGUUAUUGCAGCAACCAAUAGAUUUGAUGAUUUGGAUAAAGCUUUACUAAGACCAGGACGUUUUGAUAUUCACGUAUUUUGUAAAAAACCUGAUUUAGCUGGAAGAAAAGAAAUGUUUGAUCUUUACCUCAGUAAAAUUACACACAAAGGUGUUGAUGUUGAAAAGUUAGCUAGAUCUACAAUGAGUUUUACAGGAGCUGAUAUUGAAAAUUUGGUUAAUCAGGCAGCAUUAAAAGCAGCAACAGAAGGUUAUAAUUUUGUUAUGCAAAAACAUUUAGAAGAUGCUAAAGAUCGUGUGUUGAUGGGACCUGCCCGAAUUAAAGGUAAAGUUCCAAAUGAAAAAGUGAACAAAUAUACGGCAUAUCAUGAAGCUGGGCAUACGUUAGUGGCUAUAUUUACAUCAUAUGCUAAACCUUUGAAUAAAGUAACAAUUAUACCUAGAGGUAACUCACUAGGUCAUGCAUCUUUCAUACCAAAGGAAGAAUUAUAUCAAACUACUAAAGCUGAACUUUUAGCUGAACUUGAUGUUUGCAUGGGAGGUCGUGUUGCUGAAGAACUUAUUUUUGGUAGUGAAAAUAUAACAACUGGUGCUCAUAAUGAUUUAAAAAGAGCAACUGAAAUCGCUAAAGCUUUAGUACAACAAUUUGGCAUGAGUGAAAAUAUUGGUUUAAGGGACUAUACAAAUUUAAAUAAUAAAGAAAUUUUAAGUCAACAUAUGUCAGAAAAAAUUGACCAAGAAAUAGAUAGAAUAAUGAAAGAAAGUUAUGAAAGAGCAAAAAAAAUUUUAACAACAAGGCAGACAGAACAUAAACGUUUAGCUGAAGCUUUAUUGGAAUACGAAACAUUAACUUUAGAGGAAGUAGAACGAGUUAUAGAAGGUAUACCAUUAACUAGAAAACCUACUGAAAUAUUUUCUGAUAAAGAAUAUGAAAAAAAAAAGAUAGCUAAAAGUUUAGAUACAAGUCCAGUAGUAGCUGAAGGUAGUGGAAAUUUUGUCUAG